GCAGAAGAUUACAGGAGACCCCGUGCCUCUCAGAUCCCGGCGGCCAGUGCGGUGGGUAUGCUUUACGGCUUGCGGGUAGAGUUCUCUGCUGCCAAUGAUGUUUAGAGAAACUUCAGUGAAAUGACUCUUCAAGAAUUGGUGCAUCAGGCUGCCUCCGUUUAUUCAGAUAAAAUAGCUGUAUGUUUUGAUGAGUGUAACAACCAGCCUCCAGUUUAUUACACCUAUAAGACUGUGGUUAAUGCUGCUUCAGAAUUAUCAAAUUUCCUGCAAUUACACUGUACCUUUCAUGGAAUUCGGGAAGUUGGUCUCUACUGCCAUCCUGGGAUAAACUUACCCUCUUGGAUUUUAGGAAUUCUCCAAGUCCCUGCUGCUUAUGCUCCUCUUGAUCCAGAUUCACCACCAGCAUUAUCAACUCAUUUUAUGAAAAAAUGUAAUCUAAGUUAUAUUCUUGUUGAAAAACAGCAAAUUCAUAAAUUCAAAUCUUCCUAUGAAAUAUUAUUGAAUUAUGAUACACUUAAAGAACAUAAUGACCUAGUGCUCUUCAGACUUCACUGGAAAAAUGUUGAAGGGAACUUGAUGCUAAAUGACAGAAAACAGAAAUAUGAAAAAGAAAAAGUGACAAACAGCACAAAUUCUGGGAACAGCAAUGAAGAAAAGUCAGAUGAGCACAUGGAUGUGAGGCUAAAGCAUUGCCUGGCCUAUGUUCUCCAUACAUCAGGCACUACAGGGAUACCUAAGAUUGUCAGAGUCCCUCAUGCAUGUAUAGUGCCGAACAUCCAACAUUUUCGGGUACUUUUCGAGAUCACACAGGAAGAUGUUUUGUUUCUGGCUUCACCUCUGACCUUUGAUCCUUCCGUUGUGGAAAUAUUUGUUGCUCUGUCAAGUGGUGCCUGUCUGCUUAUUGUACCAACUUCUGUCAAAGUGCUUCCAUCAAAAUUAGCUGCUGUUCUCUUUUCCCAUCACAGAGUAACUAUUUUGCAGGCAACACCAACUUUGCUUAGAAGAUUUGGAUCUCAGCUUAUCAAGUCAACCGUUUUAUCAGCCAGUACUUCUCUUCGAGUAUUAGCCCUUGGUGGUGAAGCAUUUCCAUCAUUGACUCUUCUCAAAAGCUGGAGAGGAAUAGACAAUAAAACACAAAUAUUUAAUGUUUAUGGUAUCACAGAGGUAUCAAGUUGGGCAACUUUUUACAGGAUUCCAGAGCAGUUUCUUAAUUCUACUUUGAAAUCUGAAUUGCCGGUACCACUGGGAUUUCCACUGCUUGGAACAGUAGUUGAAGUCAGAGAUACUAAUGGUUUCACAAUUCAGGAAGGUCGUGGCCAAGUAUUUUUAGGUGGUGGCAGAAACAGAGUAUGUUUUCUUGAUGAUGAAAUGACAGUACCACUUGGCAUGAUGCGAGCCACAGGAGACUUGGUGAUGGUGAAAGAUGGACAGAUGUUUUUCUUGGGACGAAAGGACAGUCAGAUCAAACGACAUGGCAAACGUCUUAACAUUGAACUUGUGCAACAGGUUGCUGAAGGACUUCAGCAAGUGGAGUCUUGUGCAGUUACAUGGUAUAAUCAGGAAAAAUUAAUUCUGUUCUUGGUGUCCAAAAAUGAUUUAGUAAAGGAAUACAUCUUUAAAGAACUGCAGAAGCAUCUUCCAAGUCAUGCAAUUCCAGAUGAACUUUUGUUGAUUGAUUCUCUACCAUUUACAUCUCAUGGCAAAAUUGAUGUUUCAGAGUUAAACAAGAUAUAUUUAAACUAUUUAAACUUGAAGUCUGAGUGCAAACUCAAUGGAAAAGAGGAACUCUGGGGAAAAUUACAGUAUUUGUGGAAGUCUAUUCUGAAUCUCUCAGAAGAUCCUUUGAAGGUUCCUGAUGAGUCACUCUUUUUAAAUAGUGGUGGAGAUUCCUUAAAGUCCAUACGGCUCCUCAAUGAGAUUGAGAAACUAGUUGGCACAUCAGUACCUGGGCUUCUGGAAAUUAUUCUAAGCAGUUCCAUUUUAGAGAUUUACAAUCACGUCCUUCAAACAGUGUUUUCAGAUGAAGAUCUGGUAUUUAGCAAGAAUUAUGCCACAAAAAGAAAAUUCAGCAACAUUAAUCAAGAAGAAACCAGUGGAAAAUCUUUACAUCAGAAAUCUGUUAUGACAUUAAGUUGUGACAACGAGCUAACUGCUUUUACUGCAGUGAGCAGAGGGAGUCAGAUUUUGUCACUGAAUACUAAAUUUUUAACUAAGUUAGGACUUUGCUCUUCAGCUCAUUCUUCUGAAUUAAUUUCACAGACUAAUAUUCAAAAUGUGAAAAGCUUAAAUCCUCCAGCUCUUACUGGCAAGUCAAAAGAUCCAUCCCAUGUUGCAGAAGUUUCUGAAGAGGGAACAUGUGUAACAGCAGCCAAGAAAAUGGAGCUACACGUGAGAUGGAAGUCAGACACAGGCAAAUGCGUGGAUGCUUCACCUCUAGUUGUAAUCCCCGCUAUUGAUAAGUCAUCCACAACUGUGUACAUUGGCUCCCAUUCUCACAGAAUGAUGGCAAUUGACCUUCACUCUGGGAAGGUGAAAUGGGAACAGAUUUUGGGAGAUCGAAUUGAAUCCUCAGCGUGUGUAUCUAAGUGUGGAAACUUUAUUGUAGUAGGCUGUUAUAAUGGAUUAGUCUAUGUUCUGAAAAGUAAUAGUGGAGAAAAAUACUGGAUGUUUCCUACUGAGGAUGCUGUCAAAAGCUCCGCAACCGUGGAUCCAACCACAGGACUCCUUUACAUUGGAUCUCACGACCAGCAUGCAUAUGCACUGGACAUUUAUAAAAAGAAGUGUGUUUGGAAGUUAAAAUGUGGAGGAACGGUCUUUUCUUCCCCUUGUUUGAGCCUGAUUCCACAACAUUUGUAUGUGGCUACACUGGGAGGACAUUUAUUGGCUAUAAAUCCUGCUACUGGGAACAGAGUUUGGAAACAUUCCUGUGGAAAACCACUGUUUUCUUCUCCACGGUGUUGCCUGCAGUAUGUUUGUAUUGGCUGUGUGGAUGGGAAUUUACUCUGCUUUACUCACUUUGGAGAACAGGUUUGGCAGUUCUCUACCAGUGAACCAAUCUUUUCAUCCCCAUGUGCCUCAGCAUCAGAGCAAGAAAUAUUUUUUGGUUCCCAUGAUUGCUUUAUCUACUGUUGUAAUAUGAAAGGUCACCUCCAGUGGAAAUUUGAAACUACUUCACAGGUGUAUGCAACACCGUUUGCUUUCCAUUACCAAGAAGGUAACAAUGAAAUGUUGCUGGCAGCAGCAUCUACUGAUGGGAAACUGUGGAUCUUGGAAUCUAAGAGUGGACAAUUGCAAAGUGUAUAUGAACUUCCUGGGGAAGUUUUCUCUUCUCCUGUGGUCUGGGAAUCAAUGCUUCUUAUUGGAUGCAGAAAUAAUUAUGUUUAUUGUCUGGAUUUGUUGGGUGGCUAUCAAAUAUAAUCAAGUUCAGUCCUUAUUGGAUUAUCUGAGACAUCUGAAAAUAUUAUAGAGCAUUUGGAUAGUCUUAUUUUAUAUUAAAGAUUAUAUUUUGCCUAA